GCUAUAAUUGUUUAUAGAACUGAACAGUUUCUAAAGAAGGUAACAAACAAGAAAAAGAAAAUGCCGAAACCAAUUAAUGUAAGAGUAACUACAAUGGAUGCUGAGCUAGAAUUUGCCAUUCAGCCCAAUACAACUGGCAAACAACUUUUUGAUCAGGUUGUAAAAACAGUUGGUUUACGUGAGGUCUGGUUUUUUGGGCUGCAGUAUGUAGACAGCAAAGGAUAUUCUACAUGGCUUAAGCUGAAUAAGAAGGUGACACAGCAAGAUGUUAAAAAAGAAAAUCCUUUACAGUUCAAGUUUAGAGCUAAAUUCUUUCCUGAAGAUGUUUCUGAGGAAUUGAUUCAAGAAAUAACACAGAGACUUUUCUUCUUGCAAGUUAAAGAAGCCAUCUUAAAUGAUGAGAUAUAUUGCCCACCAGAAACUGCAGUUCUUUUGGCUUCCUACGCUGUUCAAGCCAAGUAUGGAGAUUAUAAUAAAGAGAUUCACAAACCAGGCUACCUGGCUAAUGACAGACUCCUACCACAGCGUGUUUUGGAACAACACAAACUGACAAAAGAACAGUGGGAGGAGAGAAUACAAAACUGGCAUGAAGAACACAGAGGAAUGCUAAGGGAAGAUUCGAUGAUGGAGUACUUGAAGAUUGCGCAAGAUCUAGAAAUGUAUGGUGUCAACUAUUUUGAAAUCAAGAAUAAGAAGGGUACUGAACUGUGGCUGGGUGUUGAUGCUUUGGGUCUGAAUAUUUAUGAGCAUGAUGACAAGUUAACACCUAAAAUUGGUUUUCCCUGGAGUGAGAUUCGAAAUAUUUCAUUUAAUGACAAAAAAUUUGUUAUAAAACCAAUUGAUAAAAAGGCACCUGAUUUUGUUUUCUAUGCACCUCGUUUGAGAAUCAAUAAGCGGAUUUUGGCUUUAUGUAUGGGAAACCAUGAACUGUAUAUGCGAAGGAGAAAGCCUGAUACUAUUGAAGUACAACAGAUGAAGGCUCAGGCCCGGGAGGAAAAACAUCAGAAGCAGCUGGAAAGGGCACAAUUGGAGAAUGAAAAGAAGAAAAGAGAAAUAGCAGAAAAGGAAAAGGAAAGAAUAGAACGUGAAAAAGAAGAGCUAAUGGAGCGUCUAAGGCAAAUUGAAGAGCAGACAAUGAAAGCCCAAAAAGAACUAGAAGAACAGACUCGGAAAGCUCUGGAACUGGAGCAGGAGCGCCAGCGAGCAAAAGAGGAGGCAGAGCGACUGGACAAGGAGCGCCGGGCUGCAGAGGAGGCCAAGUCCGCAAUAGCCAAGCAAGCUGCUGACCAGAUGAAGAACCAGGAGCAGCUGGCAGCAGAACUUGCCGAAUUCACUGCCAAGAUUGCACUUUUGGAAGAAGCCAAGAAGAAAAAGGAAGAGGAAGCCACCGAAUGGCAGCACAAAGCUUUUGCAGCUCAGGAAGACUUGGAAAAGACCAAAGAGGAGUUAAAAACUGUGAUGUCUGCGCCACCUCCACCUCCACCUCCACCAGUCAUCCCUCCCACGGAAAAUGAGCACGAUGAGCACGAUGAAAACAAUGCUGAGGCCAGUGCUGAGUUGUCCAGUGAGGGGGUCGUGAACCACAGGAGCGAGGAGGAGCGGGUGACGGAAACACAGAAAAAUGAACGUGUGAAGAAGCAGCUCCAGGCAUUAAGUUCAGAAUUAGCCCAAGCCAGAGAUGAAACCAAGAAGACACAGAAUGAUGUUCUUCAUGCUGAGAACGUCAAGGCAGGCCGUGAUAAGUACAAGACUCUGCGGCAGAUUCGACAGGGCAACACCAAGCAGCGCAUCGAUGAGUUUGAAGCAAUGUGGGGACCCAAACUGUACGCCCUGUUCCAGAUGCGCUCCUGCCAGAGCAGCAUGAAGCAGAUGUAGCGGGCGAAGCCUUCCUCCUCUUGAGGUCCCUGGUGACUGCCCCAUGCUGAGCUUUAGACUAAGGAUGUACUGAGAUAGCCCUGUAUCUUGACCACACGCACCCCCAACCUCCGGAACCUCAGUCAACCAGGGCACUUCCUGAUGCUCCUUCCCUGUUGCUAUGGGUUUUCCUCUUGCUGUUGUCACUUCCGGUACUUCUUCACUGCCUUUCCUAGGAACAGAGCUCAGGCGAUGGAGCAGGACUCGGAAUGUCGAAUGUCGCAGCCCUGCAGCCCUGGCGCUCUCAGCUGCCACUUUCUCAGAUGCUGGAAGGCAUCCCCCAGCUCCCCUCGCCCUUUUGGUUUCUGCAUGACUCCCUCAUAAGAUGGAAUAUAUGCGGAGAAGUUUCAAGACUCAAAACUUUUUUUUUUAACGUGUGCGACUUAAUCUUCGGCUUUUAUCUGAGAACAAACUUGGUGGCGUGCGUCUCCUCCUGUGUGUGCUCCCGUGGAAUCUGCAGAGAUCAGUGUGACAUGCCACCCCCACCCCAUCCGGGCUGUUUGUAUAAUUGUAUAUAAAUGUAGCAAUAAAUAUAUUCUGAC